UGCGUAGGUACACACAUUCGACGAGGUGGUCAAUCGUGAACCCAAACUCGUCAAGAAUAUCAAAGGAAGGUACCCGAUCGAAGUCAGUUAUAUCAGGGCGGCUGGACUGGCCAAUCACGGUGUUAAAGGAAUUGCGAUGGGGCCGGCCUAUCCCCAGCAGAUGUACGAAGACGCCCAGAAGUGUGUGGACGAUCCGAGUCACACAUUCCGGUACAACCACUGCAUGUUGUACGAGCACACGCGCAACUACAUAUUUCCGGACGAGUUCACAAAGGUGUUCGAGUAUUCUCUAGAUGACACGGAUUCAAACUACGGCUGGACCAAUCAGGGGUUCAUAGACAUACUAGGGUGUCUCCUACUGGACCACAUGUGCAGCGACGGUGAGAAGGUUGAGCUGGAAUACUACGGCAACAACCGCGACGGGUUUAUGAUAUCUAUGGAGGAGGAACUGGACAAUUAUCUCAAGCACGAGUACUCGUAUGAAGAAACCUUCGAGCAUCAUCUGCUGCCGUGGAACCAGAACAAAUCGCUGGACAACGUCAUUGCUGGAAUUUUGAGCCGAUUUUAUCGCGAAUUCGGAUAUGGGUUCAUGCUGCGCUGGUUCAGGUGCAUUCCUUUGCUCCAAAAAAGGUUACCUCCACGUUCGCUGAAGCCCUGCGACCGACAAAGCGGCAUAGAUAAUUUCUACAUCGCCGCGUCGUUUGGCGCGUGUUGCGAUCAAUACGACUAUUUCUGUGGCUCGUUGCAAUGGCCAGUGUCGGAUGACGGCCGAGAGUUCUAUGAGAAGCACAAAUCCGACAAUCUGUACGACAAAUAAAGGUUUCGUACGACAGCUCAUCGUCUGUAGCAUCGAAUAGUACAUGCUGCUACAGUGGAUUUAGUGUGCUGGAGUGUGUGCUCAGUCUUAAGUAUGUGGCUCAGCCAUAGCUUGUCGCAUACUACCUAGGACGUAUUAUUUAUUUAAACACCAAAGACCGUGGAUAAUUAUAGAUAUAAUACACCGGAUAUCCAUCCAGUCGCGAAUUAUGGGGUCAGAGUUCCUGGGGUUGGGGUUGAGGGUUCUACGGGGAAUAAAAUGUAUAUUAGAGAUGGCCCUCUAAAAACGAUAGGUAGGCUAUGUAUUGGUCAAUGCAUCGAAUGAUACUUCGCCAUGUCUCUUUCCUGUCCAGCAGAUAUAUCAAUAAAGAAAUAGUGCACG